UUGGGAAGUAGCGCCCGGCGCUCAUCCGAUCCCCGCGGCCGCGCCGGCUGUGUCAAGUUACAGAGGCGCCGGAAUCGGCCCCAGAGCGGCUCACUGCGGCCACGACCCACCUCUGCCCAUGGGGCCCUGCUUGCGCGCCCCUUCGCCUGGGGACUGACACCCGCUCUCCCCGGAGACACAAAACACCCAGAAGGACCCCGAGCAUCGCACCAGCAGGAGGACUCUGCAAAACAGAGAAGGGAAAGAGCGGGGAGCGGGGCCAGAUCCCCGAACUUGGAACAUUCUUCGAAAUAACUUUUUUCCUACUUUGGUGUACCCCGUUCGCGCCUUUUGGUGAUUCUUGGCUGUCCCCGACUUCGACUGCUCGUUUUCUGUCCUCUUUGGAGAGGGACGUCCUCCAGCCACGCUAGCCCCCUUUCUCCCUGCCUAACAGUUUGGAUCACUCCUCUUGGAUCUCGUUUUUAUUUAUUCUAUUUAUUUAUUUAUUGGCUCUCAAGACGCAAGGGGAUGGUGGCGGAGCGCGCCCGCAAAGCGGCAGCCUCCGGCACCCGUGGCCCUGGCGAGCUGGGUGCGCCCGGGCCCGGGACGGUGGUGCUGGCGGAGCAGUGCGCAAGGCUGCCGAGCCCCGGGUGCUGUGGACUGCUGGCGCUGGCGCUGUGCUCGCUGGCGCUCAGCCUGCUCGCCCACUUUCGGACCGCCGAGUUGCAGGCCCGGGUGCUGCGCCUGGAAGCGGAGCGCGGGGAGCAGCAGAUGGAGAAAGCUAUUUUGGGACGAGUCAACCAACUGCUGGACGAGAAAUGGAAGUUCUACUCGCGCAGGCGCCGGGAGGCCCCGAAGACGUCUCCAGGAUGUAACUGCCCUCCAGGACCUCCUGUAAGUACUGGCUGCAGCUGGUCCCCGUGUGUGAGUCUCAAAGGCCUGUGUCAUCUAUGGUAACAGGGCCCUGGGUGGGGCGCUGACAGCCAGGCCUCUGCUGUCCUCCAGGAGGGUCCCUCCGCAUGUCCCACAAAGAUCAAGG